UACUUUAUUUCAAAAAUUUAUCAACUAAAAAAAAAAAUUUAAUUUUUAUAAAUUUUUAGUGACCAAAUUUGCCUCUUACAUAAAGAAACGGCCGAAAAAUAUGAAAAAAUAAUUUUUUCGGAAGUUUCGGCUGGUCCAUUUUGCCCCAAAUGUCAUGCGUAGGGGUAAAAAUGCGCAAACAUAUCGGAUUUAUAGUAAUUAGUCGAAAAAAAAAAAAUUUUUUUUUUGAUCAAAAUUUCAGGGGGGCCGCUCUGCCCCACCCUCCCCUAUAUCUUUUGGCGAUAGUACGUCAAAAAUUUUUUUUCUGCAGAUCUUUACGUUUCGAGCGAUUCUAAAAAGAAUGACAAAAAAAAUUUUUUUAUACGCCCUUUUGGCAUGGAACCCUAUCUAACUGCUGUAAUACGCCCUUUUGGCAUUUGGCACGCGAAUUACUAAUUAAGAAAACAUUAAAUACUCUGUCAAUAAUUAAUAAUUAGCAAUCUACUUGCUUGUAAUUUAAUGAGUUAUUGUAAAAAUGAUUGAAUAAAUAUAAUAAAUAAAAAUAGAACAGACUUCUCGGUCUCGGUUACACAUCAAAUAGACAGUGACACGCGAUCUCUAUAAAAUAUUAUUUAUAUAUAAAAUAUAUAUAUAUUUUGUUGGCUUGAUCGUCUUUGGUACGACUGGUACCUGCAGUCAAUGUUAAAUAAUUUUUUUUUUUACUAUUAUAUUUUAUAGUCAUGUUUAAAUGUAUAAGAAAAAUACUGUAUAUAUUUAUAGAGAUAUAUGUACAGAGUAUAUUUUUGUAAAUCGAUUGGGAGAAUAUUUUUCAGCAGUAAGAAGAUAUCGGUCGGGAGUAUGACAUGGUAGCCUCGGCAACUGGAGUCACGCAGACACUAUUUGAUUUCACGCGGACGGACCAAGUCAACAACUGGACCGAGUACUCGGACACUAUAAAAACCGCGGGGAUGUCAAAGGCUGUGCUGGUGAUUCAAAAAACUCAACUGAUUCAGCGGGGGAUUUUUUUCACUUUGUUCAACCCGCGGCCAAACAAAAUGGGAUUCGCUGCUGUAAGAUGCGAGACUAAUUUCAAUCUUCAGGAUUUCAAUUACGUGACGAUAAAAUGCCGAGGGCAGGGCACUAAUUUGAGAUACAAGAUGGUGUUGAGACACAGAGGUCUCAUAGAUAAUAAUUCGAUGGUUUUUGGUCAAGUUUUUACGGCACCGGAAAAUGAAUUCGCGACGAUGAAAUUACCUCUGGCUGAUUUUAAACCUUAUUAUCGCGGCCGCGAGUUGCCGGUGGAAGAAAAUCCUCUUGAUUUAACGGCCAUUACAAACAUUGGACUUAAAAUUGAUAUGGGUCCUUAUUUACCCGAUAAUCAACCCGGCGUAGCAGCUUUAGAAAUUGAUUGGAUUAAAGCUACUAAAUAAUUACUAUUAUUAUUAUUUAUUUAUUCGCAUAAAAAUAUAUAUAUAAUUUGGAAGUAAAAUAUAUCGUGCUGCGGGUGAUAGAAAUUUUUUUAUGGCUAAUUGAUGUACUUUUCAUCUAGAAGUUGAUGGUACAAAUUUUGGGAACCAUAAGGAUCUCAAAAAAAUUCAAAAUUUGGGUUUUUUAUUUUCCGACUUCUAGAUAAAAAGUACGAUUAGUAAAAAAGAAAUUUUCCCGCCAUUAUACUGUAAAAAAUUAGCGGAGCCCUGAUUAAAAAAGUGAAUUGAAAAGUAUUGAAAAUUAUUUCAAUUCUUUUCAAUCCCUCGGCGGUUUUGGAAAGUAUUGAAUGGAAUUGAAAUUUCGAUCGUUUGAAUACUUUCCAAUUCCAAAGUGGAAUUCGAAAGUAUUGAAAAGAAUUGAGAAUUGAGAAGGAUUCAGAAAGAUUCAAAAAUUUCAAUUCAUUUCAAUCUUUUUCAAUCCCACACUUGAUCCGAAAUGUCGGAUUAUUUAGGUAUUGAGAAGGAUUCAGAAAGAUUAAAAAUAUCAAUUCAUUUGAAUCUUUUUCAAUUCCUCAGAAGUUCAGAAAUUCUUUUAUUAUUUUGGGAUUGAAAAGUAUUCAUUUUAUGUCAAAAUGAAAACCUUGGGGUAUAGAAAGUAUUCGAAAGAAUUCAUUUCUCAUCUUUUUCAAUACUUUUCAAUUCACUUUUUUAAUCAGGGAGUAAAUGCGAAAUAAAAAUAAAAUCAGUAUUUACUUCAAAUUCACUCCUGACUUUUUAAAGUGUAUGACAUUUUUGUAACGCGAUAUCGUCAACAUGGUGGAAAUUUUUCGGAAUUUUCUCUGGAAAACUCAGUUCUAAAGAGUUUUUCAGAGAAAAGUCAGAAAAAUUUCUAUUAGGGCAGGCAAAGAAAGAUGUCAUGUAUAUAUUUUCAUGCGAUUGUUAAAAUAGAUAAAAAUA